AUGGCUUCCUCCCUGGUCGCACGCCAAUCGCUUUCUGCUCUCUCAUUCAGCACAGCGGUGAAGGGCGCUGCUCUCUCUGUGAAUCGCGUAGCAGCAGCUCCCGCCGUUGCUCCCCACGGACUCGGAGUCUCCGCACUCCUCGGUUUUAACAAAACCGCUGUCCCCGCUAAGUCCACCCCCGUGAAGAAGCAACUCCGUACAGAAGAUGGCAUUUUUGGCACAUCCGGCGGCUUCGGCUUCACGAAAGCCAACGAACUCUUCGUCGGCCGCGUGGCGAUGCUCGGAUUCGCCGCGUCGCUCCUCGGCGAAGCGGUAACCGGGCAAGGAAUUCUUUCGCAACUCAACCUCGAGACCGGAAUCCCCAUCACCGAAGCCGAGCCGCUGCUCCUCUUCUUCAUCGCAUUCACCGUGCUCGGCGCGAUCGGCGGGCUGGGCGAUCGCGGAAAAUUCGUCGACGACGAGGCGCCCGCGAGUCCUCCAGUGAAGCCGGGGAGUUUCAAGGCCGCGCUUGGGCUGAGUGACGACGGACCUCUGUUCGGGUUUACCAAGGCUAACGAGCUGUUUAUGGGGCGCAUGGCGCAAUUAGGGUUCGCGGCGAGUUUGAUCGGUUGCGGUGUCCACAGGACUCUAAAAGGGUGGGCUCAAUUCCCCUCCGUUCCCCCUCAACCCCCCCUCCCCAACCCACUCCCCUCCCUUGCUCCCCCCCCCCCCCUUCUCACCCAUUCAGUACCGCAGGUUGUGGUGCACACACGAAGAGUUCAGUACCGCAGGUUGCGGUGCACACACAACUCUAAGAAGGUCGGAUCGCCGUCCUCUGCACCUCCCUUCUGCCGUCAACCCAGCGUCUCCAGGUGCUUGCUCACCCACGACAGCACUCCCCCUCCCUCUUCUUCCUCUUCUUUCCCCCUCUCAUUACCGCAUCUGAUGGGGGAGAGGAAGGGAGGAGAGGGGGGGGUGCAAAACAGGGGCAAGGGGUGGAGUGCAGUGUGA